UGAUGAUGGCAAAUCGGCGGAGGGAAAACAUGCGGCAAAGCGCGCAACUGUCACUGCAAAGCGACGAAAAAGCCAGACGACCGCUGCCUCUAAGCAGCGCUUUCGAAACGCCCCCAUCCAGCCAGAGAUACAACUAAAGGACAAGCAAGUAUCACGCAAUUAUGCGUCUACGAAGCCGACAAUAGGUAACGUCACCGACACAGCGAGGUAUGCUAUGUCAGCAGCAGCUGCCGCUGCAGCUGCACUAGCCGCUAUUACUUUACCCGAGGCAACACGCAAAAGCAGCCGCACCGCCACCGCUAUUGUGACGGCAGCAACCACAAGCAGCCGAUUGCUACGAGCAGCCGUGGAAGCAGCAAAGCAUAACUGUCGACAAAUGGCAGCGGCCAAUGAGUUAUUGGGAAAUACAAGCAAAAAGUCGUAUGCCAACGAAGUGACGACAAAGCUCUUGCCGACGGCAGCAAUAGCAGCACCGAAGCAGCAGGGCCGUAAACGUGUGGCAGUUGUAAAAAUGGAGGAUCGGAUGGGGGAUGCUGGAAAUGAUAAAAAAUGUAGAGAUGUGAAAAAUUUUGAGAGCGAAAGUAAAGAUAAGAAAGGUGGAGAAGACGAUGAUGGAAGUACUUUCGUCAAUAAAGAGAAGACGGCGGUUGAUGGCGACACAGGUUUAGGGAAGAAUUUCUGUGUGAAUUUGGAUGACGAUGAUGAAGACGACGACGAUGAUGAUGAAGAGGUUGAUAAUGAUGACGAGAAGGAUGAAGACUAUGUACAUUGCAAGAGCAGCCGGCGCAAAUCCGUUUCGUUUGAAAGCUUUUCAGCCAUUUGGCAGAGUGGUCGCAGGGGUGCCGUCUCGCGAAAACAACGGGCAGCACAACGUGAAGAACAAAAAUCCAAGCUGGCUAUGUUAGCUUGUAAGGAGUGUAGCGAUAACUCGGCAACUAAGAGCACGGAAGAUACAGGCAAAGGAGGUAAGCGAAAAAAGUGCAACGAGGUGCAAACAAAUGCGAAACAGCUGAUUAUUACUUCCCCUGCCAACAACAGUAAAAGUAGCAAACCUUCAGUUGCAGCCUGUGUUACUCCAACUACAUCACCCCCGAAGCAAAGGUCCACAACCCUAGCAAGCUUUGAUUACGCUAGCAGCGAGAAAAUAAAGCGCAUGAGAUACUCCUUUGAACGCAUACCUGUGUCCGAUAUUUGGUAUAACGUUUUCACGCGGCAAGAUAGCUGUUCGGAACGUUUUUUCGAAUAUUAUGGUUCAACGAACUAUCGCAAGUUGCCAUAUGAACUGGGGCCAAUACCAUUUGUGAGCACUAUAGACACCGGUGUGUGUUGUAAGCUAUGCGAAAAGCAAAGGAGCGCCGAUAUUUCAUCAAAGAAAGUAACAAAGGGCUUUUCAAAAGCACAAAAUGCAUGCAAAGUAAAAACAGAGCCAUUUGAGGAUUCACAUGCGGGGGCUACCAAAUCGAGGGAAAGUGCCGGCGAUGUGCAGUCGGAGCAAGCUACAACGCAUUCCAGCGCCGCCUCUGCCGCAAUGCAGUACAAGCAUAAACACAAAAAGCUGCAGAUUUUGCAACGUUACCGCCAGGAGCAACAGGAAUUGCAGAAGCGACAAGCCGCCCAAGCUAGCGCCCAGAUGGGCGAUAGCUCCAACCCAUUGCAAUGUGAUAGUAAAGCCAGUACACCAGCUCAAGGGCCAACACGCGAUCGACAGCGCGCCGGCUCGACACAUAGCACAACGAGCAGUACGAGUUGUGCCAGCAGCACGGCCACAACUAAAACUAGCAAGAACAGAUACCUCAACAAGCAUCUGAACAAAGCCGCUGCCACUUUCCUGAAUUUAGAGCUGCCGCCACGAAAAUCACCACGCGAACAUGCUUCAACGCUUGCCUUGGUUAGCUGUAUUAUAAAGCAGCGGCAAGAUUCGCAAAGUAAACCGAGUUCAGAAACCGACGAGCCGUCCACAACUCCCACGCAUACGCCAUUGUCUGUUUCUGAAACAGCGAGGCUCACGACAAUCGCCAUAAAUUCAACAACAGCUACGACAGAAAAGCAAGCCACUCCGACAGCAGCAACGACGGCGGCAGAUCCAGGAGAAAGUCUAAAUGCGUCAACGACGAGUGCUGAUUUGCCAGCAGUUUUGCGUUCUCCGCGUCAUACGCGUUCAGCAGUUGCCACACCCGUCGAAGAAUUACGUUUUACAACGGAAAUCUCUGAGAAUGUUAAGCGCAUGCGUCGCGGCCAAAACAAAUAUGACCACUCGCCGCCAGUAGCGCCAAAAUCACGAAAGAGCAUGCGGGGCGGCCGCCAGCCAGUCAAAUCGACACUGGGCAGACCGCCGCGUGGCUAUUAUGGCUUGCAAAAGUUCCUGCACACAACUGGCCGCGCCACCAACAGAAGGAGCCAAACACCUAGUGUGUUGGCGGCCGCGACAGCGCCAGCAAAGCGUCAUAGGCGCGUAAAACAUGUCGCUGGCUUUGCGGCAACGGUGCCUGGUGCUCGCCGGCAUCACUCUUACUGUGGACUUAUGGCGCAAGGCUCAGCUUUACCAUCCAUACGAAAGACUGGUUCGAAGAAGGGCGUACUGGAGUUCGAAGUGGAUGCGACGGCGAUGAAGGCACUUGAUGCCGCGACGAAACAUACUAAUAUGCGACUGCUGGAGUGGCAGAUUGAUAAGUAUCUCCAACUGCAUGGCAGGGAGUAUGAUUUAGCGGAAGAUUUACCUUUGGCCAUUCGUGAGGGAAGUGAAACUGUGCCACUCGCAGCGACAGCAACCGCGUCAACGACAAAGAACAACAAUAGCCUAACGUCUUCGACUUCGGCUUCUACGAGUAAGGCUUCACAUCGCGUUAGCUCCGUGAUCGCGGACGCCAAACGAAAUGCAAGUGCUUCAACAGCACCUUUCGACUCGAAUACGCCACCACCCACCGACUGUUUCUCCAGCGACUUUGAUCUAUACGACUUGUUUACGAAUACGACGGGCGCCAACGCGUCCGAAGACGAACAAACGGCAGAUGUGAGCAACAAGCGCAAAACUGGCGCCAGUUUCUCGCUGUAUAGCUCGUUAGCGAUGCAAAAUUAUUUCCGCAAGAGGAAGAAUCUUAAAUCUAACCGCACUGGUUGGCCGAAAGUACAAAAGAAGAAGAGCUCAGCGCGCCAACAACAAAAGCUGGCACAAAAAAUACGAUUUCUGCAGGACAUUGGCGAAUUGGCAAGCAACGGCUUUAAAGAAGAGCCUGACGCGGCAAGGGAAUGUAAAGAAGGCGCCGAGGAUCAAGCAGAUAGCUCCGCAGUACGUUGCAAAGAUGCACAACGGCGACAUGGAAAUGGAGUUAUUACACCACCAGAAAGUGAUGCAGAAGUCAAAUUGUAUGGGAAACGCACAAUGCAGAAUAACGACGAUGAGGAGGGUGGAAGCGGAGAAGCAGACGACGACACAGAAUUGGAUGCAGGCGAGAGUAUACCAGAGGAGGAGGAUGGAGAGGACGAUGACGACGACGACGAAGAUGAUGUAGAAGAUGACGGCGAAACGAUGGCUGAUUCAAUCGAGGAGGAGGAGGAAGUGCCACCAGUUGAGGGCGACGCAGAUGCCGCGUUAGAGGCUGAUGAAGAAGACGAACUAGAUGGUGAAAUAGACGGGGAUGCUGUUGCCACAGCAGGCGACGAUGAGGACAAUAUUAUGGAUGAUGACAGCAAUUUCGUGCCUGCACGCAAGCGGACACGUCUUCGCACCAACGCAAGUCCGCUCGAGGAAAAGCACGUGACGUCGAACUCUUUAACAACGCACAGCGCCAACUCGAACAACACUGGAGCCACUUCCACACCGUCAACGCAAAUGUUGCGUGGCAGCUUGCGACGUACACCGCAGUUGCUCAAUGGCAGCCUGGGUAGUUGCAUAAGUCCUAGCGAAAAAGCCGGCGAUAAUUCGGAUAUUUUCACAGUAUCAUCAGAUGGACUGGAUACCGAUUUGGAUAUGAGCAAUUCACAGCAUAAAUGCGACGAUGAGCAUCUACACCACAACCACCUCCAUUAUCAUCAGCAUCAUCAUCAGGAUCAAUGCGCAAAUCAUCAAACGCCUAAACGCAAAUUCGACUUAUCCAAAUAUGCGCCAAACAAUGCCACAUCAAGCACCCGCGCGGCAGAGGCCGCAACAGCCGCUGUCAAAUCUCUAGCGAUAUCGCAAUUUCUAAAGAAGGAAGUCAGGGUGACAUGUAGGCGGCUACGUGCGCCGUUCCGCCGCUAUCGGUACCGCAGAUAGAAUGACACAGGUGAUACGUCGACAUCAACGACCGUUAAGCGGUGCCAGUCAUGUUACACCAUAGGCGAGCAGCGGGCAGUCAGAGAGGAGGAGGAAUUGCUGCGUGUACAAACGCCGCAGCCCUGUGGUUACAUUUUUCACUAAAUAAAAUAAAAAAAACUUACAUAUAUUAUACGGACUAACUUAAUAAAAAUGGAAUGAAAAAUCGCUCUCACAAGGGGUACUAAAGUAAAUAAGCAUCUAUUUGUAUUUUGUACGUGUAAAUUGUUAUGCAACCUUUAUGUUUUAAGUAAAAAUCUUAAAGAAAAUCGACCAACACAAAAUGUAAAAAGGCUUUUGUUAAUAUGUAGACGAUGUGGCAAAGAAGGAAGUAUGUAAUUCUACUCUGUCUAAAAUUACAAUACCUACAAAUUACAUUUUGUAAUAAGUU